GAUCUCAUCAGUAAGUAUCAAAUGUAUGUGCCUAAAACAUAUUUUGCCGCAGCAGCCGUACAUCGGCGCUUGACCUCUCAAAGAUUCACAUUAUUUGAAUGUGUGAUUUUCGUAUGAUCUCAUCAGUAAGUAUCAAAUGUAUGUGCCUAAAACAUAUUUUGCCGCAGCAGCCGUACAUCGGCGCUUGACCUCUGAAACAUUGGUCAUCCUUGAAUGUGUAAAGUUUGAAAUAGUGAUUGUCCCCUCUACUGAGAUGUGUGAAAAAAUAUGUGAUUGUCCCCUCUACUGAGAUGUGUGAAGGGUGUGCAAUAUAAGAAGAGUUCUGACAACGGUAUCACAUCAGUUAAUCAGUGGAAUACGGACGGUAAAGUUCCAAUCUUGCAUUAGUUAAUCAAAAGAAGUCGGAGUUUCCCUGAAAAUGAACUAUUACGUUCCGAUUCAGCAGAAUGAAACGUGCGAUAAACCAACAAUAUCGCAGCCGCAUCAUACUCCACGCAUUCUGGGGAGAAGAUUUGCUUUGACGACUACAUUCUACAAAUAUUUGGAUAUAGGAAUCAGUGUGGGACUUGAGCCUUUUGUAGAGAUGAUUCUUGGUGACAACAAGGGCAAUGAGAUAUCGCUGUCACGUGAUACCUGGGUAAUAAUUAUUGAGAAACGGACAGAUAUCGAGCAACUCCUGCAGUCGACAACCGCUACAUCGUUGUGGAUUAAUGAUCUUUUCAUCGAAGUCGUUAAAAUACGUAACGAGAGUAUCAUAAAAUUCACUUUAAAUAACAAAAUUAUGUACAUGAAACCAUCGACUGUGCAAUUUUUACUAAAUCUUGAAGAUGUUAUCAAUAAUGCAUAUUUUAAGUUAUGGGAUGAUAUGCAUAUAGUAAAAGAACGAUAUAAUCAAUUUGUAAACUGUUUGCGGCGAAAUAAUAUUCAUAACAAGUGUGAUGCAGUCAAAUUGUUAAAUGAAAUAUGUGUAAAAACUUCACUUGUAGAUUGCGAACUGAUGGUUUAUGCAUCAGACAAUAUUGUAUACGACGCGUUACAAAAGGAAUAAAUGAAAAAAAUUAUAAAUAAUUAUUAUAACCUAUUUUCUCUCUUCCCUAUUCCUUUGCGGUAUAAUGGCGUGCGCAGAACCGAGUAGGAGGUACAUAGAUAAGAUGGGUGGGAACGCAUGUAUGUAACCGCAUAUGAAA